AUGCAAUCUCUGGUCCCUGACAAAGGAGGAAUGAAGAGUGCUUCGCUAAAGGAUUUAUGUCCCGAAGACAAGAGGCGCAUCGCAAACUUAAUUAAGGAGCUCGCCAGGGUGAGCGAAGAGAAAGAGGUGACGGAGGAGCGAUUGAAGGCGGAGCAGGAGUCCUUUGAGAAGAAGAUCAGACAACUGGAGGAACAGAACGAGCUCAUCGUCAAAGAAAGGGAAGCCCUGCAGCAGCAGUACAGAGAAUGCCAGGAACUGUUGAGCCUGUAUCAGAAGUAUCUCUCCGAGCAGCAAGAAAAGCUCACGCACUCACUUUCGGAGCUGGAGGCGGCCAAGCAGAAAGAGCACCAGAUGUCCCAUCAGAGAAGUUUCUGCCAACCGCAGUUUGAGCCAGACGGGUCCUACCUCAAUAUAGCAAGACCACAGACUCUAUACCAGAACAACAGAAGUGGUCCGUUUGCAUCCGUGGCUCAGCCGUGCCAGAAUAGCCACAUCCCUGUGGCGCCGCUCCAUGAUGGUAGGCCAGAAGACCGGAGCAGAUGCCUGCUGGAAAACAGGUUGCACGGAAAAUGCAACAACCUGGUGUCCCCAGGAAAAUCGGAGGAGCUUCCCCAAACAAAAAGAACUCCUGAUGCGGGUCAGGGGAGCGACGGGUGCCCUCUUCCAACAUGCGCUUUUCACAAAAAGGCUUGUAACGCAGACCACCACUUCUUCCAAGAGGGCUACCACACUCCAAGAAGACCUUCCGGACCGCGUUGCGGAUCGUCCCCGGAUCGUUCUGGCCUGUCGCAUUCGUCUGCGCCGAGUGGCAGCCCGGGCUCCAGGUCCAAGGAGAAGAGGCGGGACCCACGGCUGUCGGAAGGAAGGAGGAAGCAGCUCUUGCUGCAGAAAAUGGAGCUGGAGAUCGAGAAGGAGCGCCUGCAGAACCUCUUGGCCGAAAAGGAGGCCAAGUUAUUGCUCCAGCAACAGCAGCUGUGCCAAUCCAGGCUGGCUUACAACAGGUGUAAAAGCCAUCGUCUUAAUUCAGAAGAUCUUCUGGUUGAUGCGGUGCUGAUGAGACCGGGUGGGCUGCCCUCGCGAUGAAGCGGCCCUCAUGCGGGUACCUCAG